AUGUCGGCGACGAGCAGCAGCGGACAUCAGCACGUGCUGGCGCCGUUGUUUGACGGCGGUGGCGGCGGCCUGAAGGCGGAUCCCGAGAAUGGUGGCGGCCGUGAGCCGCACGAAAGGCGGUGCUUGAUUUGGGCAUGCAAGGCGUGCAAGCGGAAAACGGUGACAGUUGAUCGACGCAAGGCAGCGACUAUGAGGGAAAGACGAAGGCUUAGGAAGUUAGCCUAUUUAUUGCGUGAAAGCCCCUGCCGGUCGUUACACGUGGAUCCAACAGGAGUUACCAGUGACCUAAAACAGUUUGAUGCCUUAUUUCUUCAAUUUUUGCNUGACGGCGGCCUGAAGGCGGAUCCCGAGAAUGGUGGCGGCCGUGAGCCGCACGAAAGGCGGUGCUUGAUUUGGGCAUGCAAGGCGUGCAAGCGGAAAACGGUGACAGUUGAUCGACGCAAGGCAGCGACUAUGAGGGAAAGACGAAGGCUCAGGAAGGUGAACGAAGCUUUCGAGGUCCUGAAGCGUCGUACGUGCAACAACCCGACGCAGAGAAUGCCGAAAGUGGAGAUCUUGCGAGGAGCCAUAGAGUACAUAGAAUCCCUGGAGUCCUUGCUUCAGCAGGGAUCUGCGGGUACUGGUCCCAAUCGUCGCCCGAUGCCCCAGGGCAUGAUCAGUUCCAGACUAGGAGAUUUCAGCCCGGCGUCUGGGAAAAGGCUGAUGCAAAGCAGUUAUUUCAGCAACACGAACGGAGUCAAUGCAUUAUUCAGCAACUCUAUGCGCAGCUGCGAAUCACCGUCAAACAGUUACCUGGGCACUGCCGAUGGUUACCCAUCCAACCUGAUGACUGCUUCGGGUUGUGAUUAUUCAGCCAAACUUGCCUCAUUCAAAGAAAUUUUCAUUGGCGUUGAGAAGACUAUGGUGAAAGACAUCGAGAAGCACAGGAAACACACCCCUUCAAGUUACGAGAACCCCGGUUAG